AAGUUAAAAUUCGGAGCCAUGUAGCAUUGCUGUUAAAGACGCCUAUGGUGUCGGUGUGUGACUGAUUCUUAAAACUUUAUGAAACCCUGCACACUUUUCACAGAUUUGGCAAAAAUUUCCAUUUCGGGCAAUGGACUUCCCUUCCCCUUACUCUUUCUUAUUCCUUGUUUCAUUGCUUUAUUCAUCUUCAUCUUCAUCCAAAUCCAAAUCCAAACUCUCAUCAGAAGAGAACAAGAACAAGAACAAGAGCAACCAAGUUUUGCAGAUCGAAAAUGGCGAGAGGAAAGAUCCAGAUCAAGCGGAUCGAGAACUCCACUAACAGGCAAGUCACGUACUCCAAGCGACGAAACGGUUUGUUCAAGAAGGCCAACGAACUCACCGUUCUCUGCGAUGCCAAAGUCUCCAUCAUCAUGGUUUCCAGCACCGGCAAGCUCCAUGAAUUCAUCAGUCCCUCCACUUCAACGAAGCAAAUGUAUGAUCAGUACCAGAAGGCAUUGGGGAUCGAUCUUUGGUGCUCGCACUAUGAGAGAAUGCAAGAGCACUUGAAGAAACUGAAGGAUGUGAAUAAGAAUCUCAGGACGGAGAUUAGGCAGAGGAUGGGGGAUUGUUUGAACGAUCUCAGCUACGAAGAACUGUGUGGUCUUGAGCAAGAUAUGGAAAGUUCUGUGAAGAUAAUUCGUGACCGAAAGUAUAAAGUGCUCAAUAAUCAGAUUGAAACUCAAAAAAAAAAGAAGAGAAAUGUGGAAGAAAUACACAGAAAUCUACUACAUCAAGUAAACUCAAAAGAGGAGGAUCCACAGUAUGGUCUAGUCGAUAAUGGAGUGGAUUACAACUCUAUUCUCGGAUUCUCAAAUGGAGGCCAUGGUAUUUUGGCCUUGCGUCUGCAGCCUAAUCACCAUAAUCUUCAUGAUGGAGCAGGAUCGGAUCUCACAACAUAUGCUUUGCUCGAGUAGAGCAUCUAAUUAAGGUCACAUAACACAGCUCGAUUACUGCUAUGACAUCUUAAAACCAUAAAUAAUUGAACUUCUAUUAUGCGAAUGUUGUUUUUUGGUUUUUUGCCUAGCCAUGACAUUUUACUGUUAAUUUCCCUAUGUAUUUUAGUUAGAAAAUUUUUAGUAUUAUGUGUAUUGUAGUGUUAAUUUAGUUAAUUAUCUUUCGUUUCUUUAGAAGUACUAUGUGUUGAGUUGCAUGUAUGCUUUCCUUUGUGUGGUGCUUGCAUUCGCAAAAUGACUUCUUCAAUCCAUUAUUCGUGAAUUUUCUUUGCU